GGGUGGGGCGAGGCUGGCAGAGGAGAUCUCUGCCUCUAUCCCAAUUCCCAAAAUAGCAAUAAUUUUCUGCUAAGGAGAGAGUUGAGAGCAACAAAUACUAGACUGAAAACCCGUCAUCAUUUUUCAAAUGAAAGAUAGGAGAGUAAAUAUCUGAACUUGGCGAAAAACAGCUCAACUUUGGGGAGUGGAAAGAAUAUUGAAUACUUACCCUCUGACUCCAUCAAUACCACAACUAGACAGUGUUGUGUCCAGCGGGCCUGGCCUGCCACCAUGCCUGUUCCACUGCUCCCACUACUGCUACGAACCCUGCUAUCCCGCCUGCUUCUGCCCACUGCUCGCCUGGCCCGAAAGCACCUCGUGCCCCUGCUCCGUCGCUUGGCCCGUCGCCUGGGCUCUCAGGAGACUCGCCAAGCUCUCCUGGGCUGUCUCAUCUAUGCUCUUGGUCUCCGGCACCAACCUGAUGCAGAAAGAAAUGGAGUGGAGAGCAAAGGAGGCUAGAUUGGGUUGGAAUGGAGGACAGCAAAGACUGAGGGAAGCUCUCUUCCAUUGCUGAGCAUAAUACGAGGAAAAGGAGGAAGAAGAGAAAGAGAUCUUUCCAAGAAUGGGACCCUGGAGUCUUGGAAUAAAUCUAUUUCUUGAGGUGGGGAGGGUACAAAGGAAAGCUCUCAACAAUACAGGCUGUUCUUCUGGACUUCAGCUUCCCCUAUGGGACAGAAAACACUAAACUCAUGUCCCCAACUUUACUGUGCUUCAUGGAGAUGUUGCCAAGAAUGAAAGCAUCCUGCUUUAUUUUGCCCGAUUGAUUGAUAAGGAGAGGAGACAGCAGUAAGACAACAGAUGAGUCUUUCCUUGUCUGGUCCUUUGUUUUCAGACAAUUCCUUUCCCCAAACCCCUCUGGCAUAGGCAUAAUCAUGGGCUGUGUGUGUGUGUGUGUGUUUGCAUGUGCCUGGUCCUAAUGCCAUCUAUCUGGUUCUGAGUGCUGUCUUAUCUGUCCAAUGGAAAAUGAAAAAAGCUAAUUAUUCCUGAAUCAUCCAUGCCUCUUCCUUUUCAAACCUUCUUUCACAUCUGUCUUUUUUCUUGAAAUACCACCUUUAUGCCCACUGACUAAAGGAAGAAUUCUCUUCCAAAAGGAGAAACCAAAGAGGGUGUAAUCCCUUGCUCAGGAUGAUAGAACAUAGCCAGGAGAGAUUCUGGGAUUAGAACUCAGGGCAUUGAGCUUUGUUCUCACCCCCUUCCCCUCCUGCUCCAAGCAAAACAAUCUUAAACCUCCAGAGGCAAAUGACAAGGGGAGCUCUCCCCCUUUUUAUUAUUAUUUUUUAGCCCUUAUCUUCCAUUUUAGAUUCAAUACUGUAUAUUGGUUCCAAGGCAGAAGAAUGGUAAGGGCUAGGCAAUGGGGGUUAAGUGAUUUGUCCAGGGUCACACAGCUAGGAAGUUUCUGAGGCCAUAUUUAAACCCAAGAUUUCCCAUUUCCAGGCCUAACAAUCUACUGAGUGACCUAACUGUCCCUCCACAUUCUUUCCUUAUCUAUAACCAUCCUUGCCAGGAGUUUCUUUAUUGUGUCUAACCUUAUUCUUUCUGCUUUUCCAUGAAUCUUUUGUCUCUGACUAAGGAUUGAUCAGCCUGAUUGGGAGAUCAUUGCCCUAAUUAUUCAUCCCAAAUUUUUACCUAGAGGAAAGUGGACUAGUAAGGUCCCUGAGUAGAGAUCAAAAGUAAUCUGUGUGUGUACAUACACAUGCACAUGCAUGUUUCCAUUGAGUCUGUAGGGAUUAGGAGAUGGAGUCCAAGUGACUCUCUCAGCAUCAACUCCUAGGAAGGUCUCUGAGGUCUGGCAGACUGGAAGACAGCCCAGAUUUAGGGAAAGAUUUGGAAGAUGAAGAAGAUUUUUCUGAUGAGAGAGACCUAGAUCUUUUUCAUUAAAAAAGUAAAAAAUAAAGUCAAUCAAUAAACACUUAUUAAAGGUCUACCAUAUUCCAGGCACAGAUCUUGACCUCAAGGAAGGAGG